AUGGCCGAGCACGAAGCAACCCAGAUCCUCCGCCAUCUUGAUUCUCUCAAACCGUCGACAAUCCAACAAGCACCGCAGCUUCUCUCACGUGGCAAGCUCGCACUACUACAUCUCAAAGCGCUUGUACCAUCAUCACAGACAUCACCUCAGCAUCUCCUUCUAGGGGCAAGCAUACUGGAAUGCGGCGCCCUCAUCAGUAUCCGGUUAAAAGAUACUGAGAGCUUCACCCGUUACUACCAGCAACUGCAGUCUUUCUACUCGUUACCAGACGAUAGAUUCGCAAGGCACGGUCGCCCGAAGCAUCAGAGUCAGGUCACGGGAUUGUACCUGCUGUUACUGCUGAGUCUUGGCGACUACGGCGGGUUUCACACAGUGCUUGAGGGUUUGGAGGUGAGCAGAGGGAAGGCACAGGUGGAGAAAGAUGUUUUCAUACAGUAUCCCAUCAGACUCGAACAGGCGUUGAUGGAGGGGAGCUACGACAAGGUUUGGGGUGAGACGAAGGGCGAGCGGGUGCCGAGUGAGGAGUUUGGCGUGUUCUCUGAGGUGCUCAUAAAUACAAUCCGGUCGGAAAUCGCAUCCUGCUCAGAGCGGGCUUACCCGUCCCUACCGAUUGCCAACGCAAAGAACCUGCUCUUCCUCGAUUCAGAAGGCGCAGUCGUUCAGUUCGCGCAAUCGAGAGGCUGGGUGGCCAGGGACGGACGGAUAUACUUCCCGCAGCAAGAAGAGGAGCUGCUAGCAGCAGAGAAGGAUGUCAUGAGUAGCAGUGGCGCGGUCAUCGAGAAUACGUUAGGCUACGCGCAGAAGCUGGAGACGAUCGUGUAAGCUGAUCGCAUUCCGCAUUUGCAGCGGCGUGCGUACCGAAGCAUGCUUUGUACUACCGCUAGAGACAUUACCACCAGACACAUAUCAAGGGAUCUGCAAUGAAUGCAAUACCGUUAUCAGAACUGGUGAUGUUAGUCUGAACAGCAUAUCGGGGGUUUCCUUGGCCUGCAUACGUCGCACCUUCCGUGUGAUUGGACGUG